AGAAAGAGAGUGUCGUCAGGAGCAGCCUCCAGAGGGCUCUGACUGAUACAGAUCCUCUCUACAGUUCUGUACGCAGUAGCUCUUUCUGCUGUUUCCCGAUGCCGGCAGGGUUGAUGAGGAUGGCGGGUGGCUUCUUCCUUUCCACAGCAUCGUCACUAGAGCAACGGUAGCAUCAGCAUCUACAGCAGCAACAGUUUCAGCCUCAGCAUCAUCAGUAGCAGCAGCAGCCGGAUCUAUACUCUGCUGCUGGUCCCUAUUCUUCAGCCGCCUCCUCUCUCUGGUGUCUAAGAGUGCUGCUGUCAGGGCCGUUCAGCCCACCUCUUCCGACUCCUCCUGCCUCCUCCUCCAGCCUGCCUCCUCCUCCAUCCCGCCUCUUCCUCCACAUCUCCAUCCUCCACAUGCUCUCCCUCCUUCCUUCCGCUGAGACACAGCACUGAAUGAAUUCUUCACCCUCUGACUGGAGCUGCUUUCUCUGGGAAGACAUGCUGCUGAGUCUAGAGAGGAGAAAAGAGAGAGGGAACGAGACAGAAAAAGAGAGAGAGGAAGAAAAAAACAGCUGCUUUCCUUUCCGUCUCUCCAGGUGUCAUGUGUGAUUGGCCAGCUUGCCCUCUGGCAGUAGCAUCAGCCUGGAUUCAGUGUGUGUCUCACCCCCCUGCCUGUGCCUGGGCUCCGGCUGUCCCUGGGGACGCGCUACUGGGAUUUACCUCUUACUGCUGGAUGGAGAUGGCGCAGGGCUUUCUGCCUUUUUGAAAACUGUUCACAGAUGGAGAAAUACACAGAUAAACAGAAUAAGGAAAUAUAAUGAAUCAAUCAGCAGCACAACCAGGCAGACUACUGGAUUCCCUUAGCAACAACUCAGGGAGAAUAAGAGAGAAGUGAAUUGUCUCUUCCUAUCUUCUCUGGUGUCUGGUUUCUGGGCACAACCCUGCAGACCAGGGUGGACCAACAGUCGGAUCUGAAAGAGCAGGACAAGGGGCACUGCAAGGGCACGAAGGACACGCAAGUCACCCUAACACCAGGGGAAGGACCCUCCUCUUCCACCCUCUCUUUCACCUCCUCCUGUUCAUCACCAUGUUGGUUUGUCAUUCUAUUAAUUAGUCACAUUUUACUCGCUAAGACAUCCGUUUAAGACAUCCAUUCCUGCCAACUGGAAUAAGCCCUGCCACUGAAGAAAAUAUUGGACAUUCUUCACACACACACACAAACAAGCACAGAGAGACUCUCACCCUCCUCCUACCUUCCUUCCUCCUCUCUGAUGAGAAAUGAACAACACAUGUCGGUCAUCAUCUGAGCAUAAAACGGAUGUGUGCAGAAGUUGCUUUUGAUGUGGGCUAUUUCUUUAUUCCUUCAAGAUGAGUUUAUUCUCCCGUCACUUCUGAGAGAAAAGGAGCACUGCAUGGCAGAGGACACAGGAGCAAAUAUCUCUUGUUUUCAAAAGGAUUUGUCCUCCUCUCUCCCUAGAAAAAGACAGAAGCCCAACUGAGGGAGUAUACUUAGAAGGUGAAGUUUGUCCCUACUGCCUACCAAUAAUGUAGACCAAGAUCAUGAACAAAAAAAAUAGCAACUGCUGGGAGUUCUACUUUUCUGUUAAGCUUGGAUAUUCUGAUCUACAGGGGAGGUUGAACAUGAACCCCUUGUUCAGCUUGACAACCUGGGAUGCACUCUUUUACAGUAACCUGGCUGACACCAAGUCACUGCAUCGUACCCGCUAAAUAAGACUGUAAAGGGAGGUGAGUGGGAGGGGAAAAGAGCAACUUCCUCAUACAGACGAUCUAAAUAAAUAUCCUCCUCAGAGACCGAUGCAAACGUACACACUGACACAUGAGAUGAGUAGGCUCUCUGGCUCAACACUAUUAUAUAAGGUGUUUUCACACACACCAUCUUAGCUCCUGUUCUUCUCUUUUUCCUCCUGUUCCGUGGAUUUAACUUGAGUUUUUUCAUGUUUCUUUUGGCUUCAUUUUUGGUACGAUCCAUCCUGGAGUCAUGGAUGGAGGAGGGUAACGCAAGGGGGUUGAGCGCUCAGGCCAGGCAAGGUCUUUUGGCUGUCCAGGGGCUUUUAAGAUGUUGAGCUCUCCCUGCGUGGCCGGGGCCCCUGUUCGGAUCAGUAGCACUGAGGCUCCUUGCGGCCAGAGACAUGGACCCCGACUCGGCUCCCCCCCGCCCCUGCCCUCAGCCUCAGCCCGCCAGCCCCUGGCCCCAAGUCGCCCUGUGAAGGAUGUCCCUCAGCAGAGCUCCGGCCCGGGACACCUCUGAGACCCCCAGCCAGACCCCCAGAGAACGGAUCCGCAGCCACAUGAAGAUGGUGAUCAACCAGCUGGACGGCAUUCUCAAAGAGCUCAAGGAUGUGGCCAAGGAACUCCGGGAGGUGGUGGGUCAGAUCGACAAGCUGACGUCAGACUUUGACUUUGACCUGGAGCUGGAUGACUGGACAGUGGCCACAGCGAGCAGCACGUCCAGCAGCGAGAGGGGCCUGGGAGAGGCCUUCAGGCUGGACUUCCUCAAUCCUGACGUGCUCUCAGACAGCUGGGAGUUCUGCAGCUAUCUGGAGGCCUCCGUCGCUGCAGCAAACGCCGCCCACAAAGCAUCGCCAACAGAGCAGCCCACGGAUGCAGGGCUGGAGCCGGGGGCGGGGCGUGGGUGCAUCCCUACCCAGACCCAGACCCCAACCCCACCGCCCACAACCACCUCAGCCUACUCCCAAAUGAAUGGGGGGCUGCCCAUCCCUAACGGACCUCUCAUAGUCACCCCAGACUCGUCCAGUGCCAGCGAAGAGGCCACAAGCUCCACACACAGCCACAAGACCUCUCGCACGUCCGGCACCAGAGAGAGAGUCCGCUUCAGUGACAAGAUCCUAUACCACGCCCUGUGCUGUGAUGAUGACGAGGAGGAUGAAGAGGAGGGAGAUGAGGAGAAGGGCGGCUGUGCGACCCCAGACACUGACGACAGUGAGCCCAGUCCUAGUCAAGCCGGCUCACCCACACCACCGCUCUCCUCCUCAGAGCACUCCGUCCUCCAUAACUGUCUGGACCCUUCUUAUGUCUCGUUCCCAGUGAACGUGGCAGCGGGGACUCACACGCUGCCCAGAAAGGGUCUUCUCAAUCCCGCAAGCUGCCGGAAAAAACUGCUACGGAACAGCAGCACACAGACUGUUUCAGAUAAAAGCACCCAAACAGUACUGCCCUAUAUUCCAGCCAAACAGAAAACAAAGGACCACUGAGAAACAGUAACUUUACAACAACAGAACUGAAAAAGGACUGUGUACUAUUUAAUAUUAAAUACAUAGAUCAUAGAUUAAUACACAAAUAAAUAAAUAAAUAAAUACAUAUUAAUUACUAAAUAAAAACAUGAUAUGGGAAAUGACUCGACUACCUAAAGUCAUUCUGAGGCUCAGGGAAACAAAGGAUGAAGGCAGUUCCUUAUGGCAGUAACAGAGAGAAAAGGGACGGACCAAAAGGCGAGUGCCUGCUAAUGUUAAGAAAUGGACCGAAAGGAUUCCCUAUUUCUAACCAUUUGCAACACUUAUUGAGAUUACUAAAGCAAUCUUUUUUCUAGGAAGUUGAAAUUGUUCUGAAAUCGGAAAGUAAAUGUGAAGAGGUCGUUUCCCUCCUCGUACACCAGUAUAAAUCACGAGAAAAUAUCAUGCUUGUUCUUUAAUUAAGAUGUGGUUAAAAAACACUGCACAUUCUGUACACUGAGAAUCUGUAUAAACAUUGUCUUUUUCAUCUUCCAAUUA